UCGUUAUAUCUUAUUUCAUCGCUUAUCUAGCUCGCUUAUCUAAUUUGCAUAAAUUCCAGCCGCCUAUUACCAUGGCAACCUAUUGAGACCAAUUUUCCCGUUUAUUGAAAAUUGAUUAGCAAUUUCUAGACAAACGCAUCGAUAUGUUAACAGUUUGUUGACUUUUUGGUUGUGCUGCAUCAUGAAAGUAUAUAAUUUUGAGUUCGUUUUCCCGUCCUUCUAGAAUGCACGCAGUUACAGUCGCGCUGCGCGAGCAGUCGUCGUCUUCGGGUUUGGAAGAAACUUCUUCCUCCGCUAAUAACAGCCCAGAGAAAAGUUUGUCGCCACGUACCAGUUACUUAUCCGACCUUCACCUCCCACCGAUAGACCAGAAAAGCGGCGAUGAAAUCAUAGAGCCGAUAAAAGAAGUAACCGAAGGCAUUAAGCUACUCUGUAUGACAUGCGAGGAAGAGAUACGAGUUCAAGAUUUGAAGAUUCAUCGCGAGUUUCAUCGCGCUCUACAGAUCUUUAGGUACACAAUGGACAAUAAACCAAACACCGUAAAACAGCUUGUGACGAGGCGCAGAUCUCUUAUGAGAAAACUUAACGAGAAUGCAAAUUUUGAAAAUCCUGUCAGUAUACGAAAACUGCAAAAGUUAAACGCAGCUUAUGAGCUGUUAAAGUCAAACUUAGUAGAUCGGUGGGGGACGUUGCGGGAAGUCGCGCUUGUUGAUCCGAAAGAAUACCAUGUCAUGGGUCAAAGCACACUUUUAAAUUGCGCUUUGGCAUUCGGCAUUUGCGAAGACAAGAACUCUCGAUGGAAAACGACGAUGGAAGAUAGACACACGUUUUGUGAUUAUUUUUGUAACGAUCCCCAAAGCGGGUUCUUUGCUGUUUUUGACGGCUACAAUGGAGCAACCGCGGCAGGCACUUCUGCGAAAACGUUUCCCGAGGUUUUAGCAAGGAAAGUGGAAUCUGUUUAUCGCCCAGGACUGGCCUCUGAGGGAGUGGAUGCUAAAAUAACGACGGCGCUAAGAGAAACUUACGAAGACGUGGAUCGAAUCUUACUUUAUGGAGUGGAUGAGGACUCGCGGAAUCGGUGGAGUGGGUGUUCUGCUGUGACAUGCCUGCUUAGAGGAAACAAGCUUUAUAUUGCCAAUGCGGGGAAUGUGCGCGCAGUUUUGUGUAAGGGGGAUGGCUCUAUGAUUCGUCUCACUCAGGAACACACACCACGGAACAAAAGAGAGAGACACCGUGUGUCCAAGUAUGGGGAGGUUUACAAAAGUGAAAAGACAGCUCUAGUGAAUGGGCUUACAACAAACACUAGAGGACUUGGUAACCAUGGUGACCCACAUUUGAAGUCUUCUGUUAUCUGUCAACCUUCUGUGAACUGUGUGACAUUGGAUGAGGCUGAUCAGUUUGUCAUUUUGGCAACAAAUGGGGUAUGGGAGGUGUUUAGUGAGGAGGAGGUGAUACUGCUACUUGAAGAUUUAAUGCCAGAGUUAGAUGUCAAGGAAAUUGUCCGCCGUAUGAAUAAUGCUUCAGAAAAGAAAAGCAAAGUUGCAAAACAAUGCAAUACUAAAAGAGAAAGUGCAAAGACUACAGGAAGCUCACAACAGGAAAGCAAAAGCACUAGUGCCUCUUCAAAAUCCUCUGACACUAUCUCAAUAAGGCUACCUGAGAUUGUUAGCAAUAAGGGUAAAGCUGCGACAGCAUCAGAUAGCCUGAUAAGGAUGGAAGAGAAGGCACAAGAACUAGCAAAGGCUCUCAGUGAACGACUUGUACAAAGUGCUCUUAUGGCUGGCUCAAAGGAUAACACAACAGUAGCCGUAAUAUUGUUGAAAGGCUGUCCUCUGCAAAUGUUCCUUUUGCCAUCCUUGCGACAGUAAUGUCAGAAAGUAAUUAUUGUGCUCUAGAAUAUUGUAAUUGAUAAAUUUUUUUAUUUACAAAUUAAAGGUGAUACAUAA